AUGAAAUUAGCCCGAUUAUUAAUAUUAUCGUCAGUAUUAUUAGGGACUACCGUGUCCUUAGAUAACGGAGGAAAUGAAGGAAGUGCAGUAGGAUUGGAAAAGAAUAGUGAUCUUGAAAUCUCCAAUCUUGACAUGAGCAGUGGAAAGGGUGCAGCAAAUAUUGGAGUGAAGGAGAUUGGGGAUGAUGAUAAUAACCCUACGCCAGUAAACGCCAAGAGACCAUUAGAGCCAAUAGUCCAGACAGAUCAAGAGAGCACCGGAGAAGACAACCCGUCUUACAAUUCAUUUUUGAUGUCUAUUUCGAUGAUUAUAGUAUCAGAGAUCGGUGACAAAACAUUUUUAAUUGCUGCUUUGAUGGCAAUGAGAAAUUCAAGAUUUAUUGUGUUCUCGGCUGCCUUUUCGUCCUUGGCUGUUAUGACUGUGUUGUCUGGUAUUGUUGGCCAUGCAUUACCAGCGUUGAUUUCGCAAAGACUCACUCAAUUCUUAGCAUCCAUAUUAUUCAUUGUAUUUGGGUUUAAGUUACUUAAAGAAGGUUUGGAGAUGUCUAAGGAGCUUGGUGUUGAGGAAGAGUUGGCAGAGGUUGAAGAAGAAAUUGCAUCAAACAAUUUGAAUAACGAAAUGGAAAACAUAGAAGGGGGCUCAACUUACAAAUUCACAGCUAAGAGUCAAAAUAAAAAGUGGUAUAUUGAAUUUGGUGAUCAAAUCAAAAAUUUGGCCUCAUUUGUUUUAUCGCCAAUUUGGAUUCAAGUAUUUGUAAUGACUUUCUUAGGUGAAUGGGGUGAUAGAUCACAAAUUGCUACUAUAGCUAUGGCAGCCGGUUCUGAUUAUUGGUAUGUUAUUUUAGGUGCCAUUAUCGGUCAUGGUAUUUGUACGGCUGCUGCCUGUGUUGGUGGAAAAUUAUUAGCUACAAGAAUUUCAAUGAGAAACGUUACCUUAGGUGGUGCCAUUGCUUUCUUUGUUUUUGCUAUCUUAUACCUUUACGACGCGCUCUAUAACACUGAAGCGUAA